AACAUGAUUUGAAUGAAUGACUGUUUCUCAAAAUGAGAGACAAGAGGAGGAUUACUGUUUUUAGGAACCAACACAAAGAUUCAUGGAUUGUGGACCAGCCUAAGCCCAAAGAUAACACUGCAGAAAUCCUAAACAUGAGAAAGUACAGUACUUAUAACUUCCUCUUGGCAUAAAAGCUAAGAAAAAAUACCAUUCCUGCUGGCAGCAGAAACAAGGAAGUUUGUAGAAAGUAAAACAGAGAGGGAUACUGGGGUGGCUCUGUCAGUUGAGCUUUCAACUCUUGAUUUCAGCUCAGGUCAUGAUCCCAAAGUCAUGGGAUCGAGCCCUACACUGGGCUCUGCACUGAGCAUGGAACUUGCUUGGGAUUCUUUCUCUUUCUCUCUCCCUCUGUCCCUCUCCCCCUGCUGUCUUUCUCUCGCUAAAAUAAAAGUAAAAAAUAGAAAGUAAAACAGAGUAACAACCUGCAUGUGCUUGGAUUAGCGUUAAAGUGCUCCAGGCUGAAUGGGUGAUGAAAGAGUAUAUAAUAAUUGCUAAUAAACCUAGCAAUCUCUGAGUGGUCUUUUACCCUGAAGUGUUCAUUCAUUUGAGGAGUAUGUGAGUGAGUGAGUGUGGAUGUGGGUGUUGCGUGUUAGCGUAGUAAGUGGUGAAUAUUUCAACAUUGCAGUCAGGUUGCUUUGAUUCAGGCCCUAGUGUGGCCAUUUAUUAGCUUAAAUUUCUUCUAAGCCUCAAUGUUCUCAUCUGUAAAAUGGAUGAAUAAUGGUGAUUAUAGAAUCAACUCCUUGGCGCUGUUGUAGGGGUUAAAUGACGUCAUUCAUGUAAAGGACUAACCUAGUAAGCAUUUAAUAAAUGUUAGCUGUUAUUAUGGUAAGGUAUUUUUUUCACCCUCUUCAGUUGAACAUAUAUAACAAGUACAUCUGUAGAAGAAAACCCCCUGCAUCCUCCAGUAAGUUGCAUUAAAAAAUCUAGCAGCAUACAAAUGGCAGAUGACCCUAUGUUUUAGAGUGCCUGAGUCUACUUCCUCAUGAGAGUGUUUUUGUUGUCCAGAAUUUAAAGUCUCUCUCAGCUGGGUUUAUUAGCGUUUAUGACUGGGACAAACAUGCAGUCUGUUAACUGAAGACCUUGUUUGGGAAUAUCACAACUCUAGACAAGAAAUAUGUUCUCAUGUAAGAAUUUCCAUUCACUGGUGCUUUUUCAAAUAUGACUCUAAGAAUGCAACCAGUUUGGGGUUAACCUGUUGGUUUCUCUCAUGCUGCAAUUUAUAUUCAGAUUCAGAAAGGCAUCCUUCUAGCACAUUAUGGCAAUUACAAAGGUAUGGUUUUCCUGGAGAAAAUUUCAUUGGAUAAGAUGAUAACGGCAGUUGUCCCAACCAUGGAAGGACACUAACAUCCAACUCUUUUAAGCACUUAAAUGGCAGCUUUGAAGUGUGUACAGUGCUUGUUUUCCUUCCUGGACAAGAUUGUCCUGCCUUCAAUUCUCAAAGCUAAAUGCACAGUGGAUGGUUGCCUGGGUGACAGCCUGUAAACUAAGCAGUCUCUUUGCAGCUAACUGAAGGGUUUGUGCACACAGAACCAGCUUUAAUUAUUUUUUUAAGUACUUUGAGCUGUGCAACAUAGGAAAAUAAUCAAAGAAAAAAAUAUCUAUAUCUAUGCUGCUUUUAAAUGGAUCCCUCACUGAAGUGUUGGUUGACAGCUGCCCCAGAAAUCUGCCACCAAAAAUUAGGAUGACGUGGACUGCUGUUUUUCUCCAUCUUUCUUCAACUGUGUAUCAGCUCCCACAGCAAAACACGACACAGGCAAAUUUAUGGACUUAGCAAGAUGAAUAAAAAUAAACUGAUUCAUGAUUUCCUGGAAGUAGUUUCGAGGGGUGAUGUGGAACUCAUCUGUGACUAUAUUAGUAAAGUCCAUUCCAUCCUUGGAAACCUUAACUUUCAGCAUCCAACGACUGGAAAUACACCUCUCAUUACUGCAGCAGAAGAAAAUCUAACAGAGGUACCAUGUGAUGUCCUGGGCCCAUGGGUUGUUGAAUUUCUUCUGGAAAAGGGAGCAGAUAUCACCCUUUGUAAUUACAGCAAUCAAACUGCGGUUCAUGUGGCUAAUUGCCACGUCCAAAGACAACUCUUGGCUAUCAAUGGAAUCCAGGCUCCCCAGAUGCAACUUCUACAAACUUCAUGGCAAGGUGAUCUUGAACAACUUCAACACUUGCUGGCAUCUGAAGAGUUCCUGGAUAUAAAUUUCCCAAACCAACAUGGCUUGACCCCUCUGAUGCUGGCUGUGAGGGAUGUGGAUCUGUUUGAGAGUCUUGAUAUGUUAACAGUCUACAGACCUGUGGAGGUUCUGUCUGAGCUCCUCAGGCAUCAUGCAGAUCCUAAACUCUGUGAUUUUAGUGGAAAAUCAGCAAUACAUUAUGUGUCGCAAAUACAUAGUUUUAGGAAACAGCAGUUAUUGGACAUUCUAAUGAACUCUAUGCCAAGACCAGAAAGACAUGCUGAAUCAUUGCUUGAUAUUUGUCAUGAUACUAACUCUUCUCCAACUGAUAGGAUGACAGUUACUACAAACCAAAACAUAAUCUUGCAAAGUAUCAGCAGCAGUGAGGAGUUUGACCAAGACGAGGACUGCAGUCAUUCCAUAUUGCUUAGUGAAGGAGGGGAUCCAAGUGGUGAUGGACAAGAUUGGCAACCCAGGACAGAAGGUUUUGAGAUUAUUGUUACUUUUCCAGGAGAUGUCAGUUAUCCCCAAGAAAUAAGCCAAGAAGAUUUACAAGAAAACAAUCAGAUAACCCCAGUGAAUCAAGAAAGGGCACAAGCACAUUCUGUUUCUCUUCCAAAUGAAAUUCACAUGGUGGACUUCCGGACAAAGACUCUGACCAUGGGUCAGAAGAAGGAGGAAAGUUCCAAGGAGCUCUGUGAUGCAAAUGUGGGCUUUUUGUUGCCAAGACCUUGCUUAGAACCAAACAUCUCCACAUCUGUAGCCAGAGAAGAUGUUCCUCACUUUCUGAAGGAGCAGCAAAGAAAAUCUGAAGAGUUUUCUACUCCUGAUAUGAAGUAUAGUAGCCGAAGAAUUGAGUUCCCUCUGCCAGCAUUGUCACUUUUGCCCAUGAAACCUGGUCUUCAUACUGCCCCCCAAGAUCACAUGGAUCAAAAGGAGAGAGAAAAAAAUAUUCUGAACUUUGUAUCUUUCAAACCUAAGCUCUCAGAGCCCAGAAGUCAAUCUGAUGAGGUUAGACCAUUGAACAAGCAGCAGGAAGCUCCGUUUAAGGUGUUUGUGGAUCAGACUCUCAGGUGCUCUGAUAGCUCUAUUUGGUCCAGAAACAUGUGCUCUUUUUGGAAGGCUAACCAUCACAGACAACAUAUGGAGAUGGAGAACAGGAAAUCCAAGGAAACAGAAGAAAGUGACAAAAUUUCAAUCUCUCACUUUGAAAAAGGACAAUCUUUGGUGUCCUUUGAGAAUUGUAAGGAACGCAGUUUUCCUACAGAUAGGGAAGUGGAUAUUGACUACCUUGGUUGUGAAAUGAGAAAAGCAGAAGAGAAUUCUCAACAUCUUUUAUCAGGAAAGAAAGAGGGUUCAGUAGCCAGAAACUUGUUUACAGAUUUUGAAGUUGGAUGUAACAUGCCAGUCAAGUUCCAAGAAGCCCAGCAUUCAGAAAUAAUUCUAAGCCAGGAUGAAGAGACUAGAAAUGAUAAAGCUGAUUUAAAAAGUACUUCAGUACAUAAAGGUGAAGCAGUUGAGCCAAAUCAUAUUUUAGAAGAGUAUACUGUACUUAAAAGUUUGUCCAAUGUAGUCCCUGAUGGCCCCACUGAAAAGAUUCCGCAAGGUCCUAGAUGCACAGAGACAAACAUAAAAAUGUCAAUGGUGGAGGCAACCAAACCGGAAAUGAAUGGGAUGGUGCCUCUUAUCCACAUCACUUUCCCUGGAGAUGAAACUCCCGAGGAACCAGCAGUAGCCAAACCAAGCCUCCAAAAAAGAAAGGGCACUCUUCAUAGCAACAAUAGCUUCAAUAUUCUUGUACAUCAAGAAAAUGACCGACAUAAGAUGAAAACCCCCAGAAAUAAGUUGGAUUCAAAGACCAAGACCAGUAAUAGGACACCCCAGAAUUUCAUGAUUUCCAUUGAAAGUUCCAUUAAGCCUACCAUACAUAAAACCAGUAUAAAAACUCCAGUUUUCCCUGCUUUGGGGCUUGUUGACCCAAGACCUUGGCAACCACCCAAGUUUCAAAGGAGAAUGCCACAGAUAGAAAAGAAGCAAUCAACUUACCGGGCUCUGAAACCUAAAAAGCAAUCUUUUCCUUGCAUCGGUAAGAAUUCAGGAAUAAAAAAGUCUUCUGUUCCUCUCUCUGCUCAACCAACAGAGCCAAGACUAAAUUACUUAGAUCUUAAGUAUAGUGACAUGUUCAAAGAAAUCAAUUCAACUGCUAAUGGUCCUGGAAUCUAUGAAAUGUUUGGGACCCCUGUUUAUUGUCACAUGAGAGAGGCUGAACGUCAUGAGAACAAAUAUUAUCGAGAGAUAUGCUCAGCUCCAUCUGGCAGAUGUAUUACCAAUAAAUGUCGAUCUUCACACAGUGAGAGGAGCAGCAACAGCAGAACAAGAUUUUCUCAGAAAAGACCACAUGUUAAACCUGUAAAGGUUUCACUUGGCAUUAAACAAAAGAACAAAAUUUUAAUUUCUAAAGAAAAGUGUUACAAGGCUGUAGGUAGCAACGUACAAGACAUGGAAAAUGGUGAUGAUAUUUCAGGUUCACAGUGGCAGAUAAAGUCUUCAGGAGAUGACUUUCUCUCUUCUAAUAAUCAAGUUCAACCCUUGAACUCGGCUCUGCCUCAUGAGCAGUCCACUGAACAGAAUGAAGUCAUUCCUGUUUCAGAUUUGUCCACUGUUGAAGAAGUCUCUAUGGAAGAGUCUGCUGAUGAAGGAGACAUUCCUAACAAUCAAAUACUUGCCACGAGCCUCAGAGAUCUACAGAAACUUGAAGAACUACAUCACCAGACCCCAUUUGUCCUUUCAGAAAACAGUUGGGCAAUGCCCAGUGAGAAGAAUUCCAAUAAGCAUGUACUGCAAGAAAAGCAGAAUACAGCAUCGCUUGUUAAAAUAGAUGCCAACCAAAUUUUAACUAAUGAUGUAGGGUUUGAAAGUGUUUUAGGUAAGUCUGAGAGACUUUUGAGUUUCUCUUUCCAAGAGAAACAACAGAGUGCAUCUUCCCAAGCAUAUCAACAUUGGGCACAUUCUUUGGAUCAUGAUAGUUUAGCUAAUGAAUCAAUUACAUAUCAAACAUUUGGACAAACUUUAAAUUAUGCAAAUUCAAUUUCGCAAGGAAUUCUAGAUUCUGUAAAGAAUGAAGAAUUGACGGAUGAACUAUUAGGAUGUCUAGCUGCAGAACUAUUAGCUCUUGACGAGAGAGGUAACACCUCUUGCCAAAUAAUGGCAAAUGAAACAGAUCCUGAAAAUCUAAAUCUUGUCUUCAGUAGGAGAGGACAAACCACACAAGAACUGGGCGGAGAGACAACGAAUGUUAAAAUACAGAGAUACAGUAAUGGGUUCAGGAUAUAUGACAAGGACAAGAAAUUUCUCAACUCAAAUGAAAAGAAGACAUUUUCUGAAAAUAGUUUAAAGUAUGAAGAAUCUAUCCUGUGGACUAAGGGAGAGGUCCUUGGGAAGGGAGCCUAUGGCACAGUAUAUUGUGGUCUUACUAGCCAAGGACAGCUAAUAGCUGUAAAACAGGUGGCUUUGGAUACCUCUGAUAAAUUAGCUACUGAAAAAGAAUACCGGAAGCUACAGGAAGAAGUAGAUUUGCUCAAAGCACUGAAACAUGUCAACAUUGUGGCCUAUCUGGGGACAUGCUUGGAAGAGAACAUCGUAAGCAUUUUCAUGGAAUUUGUUCCUGGUGGCUCAAUUUCUAGUAUUAUAAGCCGUUUUGGGCCAUUGCCUGAGAUGGUUUUCUGUAAAUAUACAAGACAAAUUCUGCAAGGUGUUGCUUAUCUCCAUGAGAACUGUGUGGUGCAUCGAGAUAUCAAAGGAAACAAUGUUAUGCUCAUGCCAACUGGAAUAAUAAAGCUAAUUGACUUUGGCUGUGCCAAGCGUUUGGCUUGGGCUGGCAUAAAUGGCACCCACAGUGACAUGCUUAAGUCCAUGCAUGGGACUCCAUAUUGGAUGGCCCCGGAAGUCAUCAAUGAGUCUGGAUAUGGAAGGAAGUCAGAUAUCUGGAGCAUUGGCUGCACCGUGUUUGAGAUGGCCACAGGGAAGCCUCCACUGGCUUCCAUGGACAGGAUGGCAGCCAUGUUUUACAUUGGAGCACACCGAGGGCUAAUGCCUCCUUUACCAGAACACUUCUCAGAAAAUGCAGUGGACUUUGUGCGUGUGUGCCUGACCAGGGACCAGCAUGAGCGACCUUCUGCUGCCCAGCUCCUGAAGCACUCCUUCUUGAUAAGAAGUCAUUGAACAUACUUCAACUUUCCUUUCCAGUUCCAUUAUAGAUACACUCCGUGACUGCUUCAUUGUGGGAAUGAUGGUUAAGGGACUUUUCCUAUUGUUAAGUCAGCUCAACUCAACCAGAUCCUGCAGUGUCCCUAGCUAAAAUGUUUUUAGGUAAAUACUAGCCUCAAGCUUCAGGCGUGGUUACCCAUGUAUAUGAGAAAAUUUUCUUAAACAAUAACAAAAUGUAUUGCUGUUUACAGUUUUGACUAUCCUUCACUUUUGGCCUGUCAGUUUUAAUGUCUUUAAAAUAAAUUGUAAA